AUGCUUAAGCGACUUGGAUGUCACGAGAUUCCUGGUAUAGAUGAGGUCAACAUGUUCAAGGCUGAUUCCAAUAUCAUUCACUUUGAGAGGCCGAAAUUCCAAGCAGCCAUUGGUGCCAACACCUUCGUCGUUUCCGGUGGUAACGCUGCUGAGAAGACUGUUGAUGAGCUCAUGCCUGAGAUCAUCCCUCAGCUCGGACCUGAGAAUGUUGCUAUGCUCAAGGAGAUCGCCAACCAGAUGAGGCUCGCCCAAGAGGCCCAGCAGAAGGCUAAGGUGGAGGAGGCUGCUGCUGAGGUCCCUGAGGUGGAAGGCGACUUCGAGGAGGCUUCCAAGGAGGAGGAGAAGCAUUAA